UUAUCAUCAUCCGAUUCAUCCCUAGCACAUCUGAGCCGAGCGUGAACGUGAACGUUGAUUCAACUGACAUUGAUCAUCCCAAAUAUUCAUCGAAUCCCUAGCACAUCUCAUCAUGGAUCAUUCCUCGGACUUUGCCCUUGUCGAGAAGCGCAUCCGAGCCCUCACAACAAUUUUGGCAAAUAUGGGCCAUAGGAGUCGGGGGGAGCCGUCGUUUGAUCUUCAACAAAUUCCUUCCCUUUUGUGCCAUUUUGUUAAUCUUCUCACCCCCGGUGACGUUUUCAGUCCUGAAGUAAAGAAAGCUAUAGCGGUGACAGGCGCCAUCAUCCAUGAUGGCGUUAACGAGAGGUUUCAGACAUUGGUAGUCACCCAGAAUUUAUAUCCCCGUUCCUCCUUAACCGAGUCAAAGUUGGAACAAGUAACUAAAUCUCCAAAAUCAUUUCAAGAAAUCGUGAACAGCAAUGACGACGUCUCCCUCAAUGAACACAUUUCAGAGAUCUGGACUGCCCUUGCAUCCUUCGAGCCUUCCACGGACAACCACAUCGCUCUCAGCAGAUUUGUCAUCAACCGCUGUCGUCGAAAAGUGUUCACCCGUAUUUUCCUCUACCAGAAGACAUGGCACGUGGAUGUGGCCCAAACGUUGGUUGAUUGGACUCCCAAGGCCAAUGAGCUCCCCGAAACGCACUGGCUUGACGCUCCUCAUUGGUUUUCAUUAAUUGGCCUACCGCCCGACAAAGAUGUACCGAAGCGCAAGCAAGGUCCGCCGGAUAAUCAAGUUACCCAACUGGAGUUUUCUAGCAACACAGUGCACUUAUGGGCUUCGUUCCUCGGUCACCUCAUCCUGAUGCUAGAAAGGUAUGCGGCGCAGGCCCAGAAAAUGGAGAAUGAGGGGGACACACUGGGAUUCAAGACGGCUAUGACUCAACUCUCAAAUUGUUGCGCUGCGUUGAAUUGCUUUGUCUCGUGGGACGCUGACGUCGUGAAGACCCUACUGACAAAGACAACGCUUGCCUCGAAAUUCUACGGAUUCACCGAUGGUCAUGGUGAGGAUGAAGAUUUGUAUGAUUCAGACGAGUCUGACGACUUGAAUGCCGAAUCUCGCGAGUCUAGCGGAAGUCAUGUCUUACGUCACUUGAAAGGCAUUGUUGCAUGGCAUGCAGCCAUAGCAUCGCUUACGACGCCGACAUAUUCCAAAAUCAUUCGUAGUGAACUUUCCCUCAGCUUGCUGGAGAUCCCUCAUGCCAGUUUUGAUAUCGCCAACUUGGAUGACAUCUACGAAGCCUCACCUUUCAAUGCACUUUUUUUAUCAAAGUCCUCGAUCGCUUUCAAAGAUCUAACCAAAUCAAUUCUGAAACGCAAUCUCUCACAAACCUUUUCUGGCACCGUUCAUGCGGAGGCCACAUUAAUGGGCCUCCUCACGUACUUCUCAUCUUCUUCGAGUCGUGUGGCUUUUGAGAUGCCCCUUCGAGAUGAUCAUGUAGCAGCUCUGGACAAGCUACUCGAACCGGCAACCACUGAAAAUGUCGUUGCAGUAGGAAGAAAAUGCUGCUGGUGUUGUGAUCGCCUUCGCAUCGAGCUCCUGGGGGCCAACCGCACGCGGUUCAAAUUCCCGAGCUCAAAUGGCGUCAUUUAUCCAUGGAGUCCUCCUCGUGUGGGAGUGGAUGUCAAGGUUCUUCAGAGGUUGGAGUUUGCUUUGUUUCAAGAGCUAUAUGCAGCAAUCAGCAAUCGGACAGCUCCGUGGUAUCGGUCGAGUUCUGAUCCGUUUAUCCACUUCUCGCCAUUCGAGCUGCGUGAGUCUUGAGCAGAUUGGAUUUUUUUCACUUUUGCAUUACUGCACAGUACUAUACUUGAAUGUGCCAGUAGAGAGAUUGUAGCAAGAUAAAUUGGUCAUCAAACAGAAAAACCAAACCCGGGCUAGGUUUUGCAGCGGGCGGCUCACCGUACCAAGAUUGAUAGUCUGGAGAACGACAGACUCGACGAAGAUCAUGACCAACGAAACCAUCCAUGAGUGAAAGUCGAGGUGUGUUCCAAUAGAAAAGAAAAUCUUGUCGGCAGGUUCCGAACCUGC